GGCGCCCAGAUUAGGCCAAUGGGAACUUGUUGCAGUUACUGAAACUUGUGAUUGGUGACGAAUGGAGGAAGCGGCACUUUUAGAGCAUCCGACUAAAACUGACAUUCCAGAAGCCGAUAUCGAAAGGCUACUGGCGACGAAUUGCUUUUGGUUUGUUCCGGAAUAAUAUGAGUUGACACGAAUAUCGGUUUUUAGUGGCCGUCAUGCGCACAAAGUGUUUCCGGGUCAUCGUGUGGCGGCUCAAACAAAUGGUUGCUGGAGUGUUAUGAAAUUAUCAAAUUUUGUCUUGGUCUGUGCAUCAUCUAAAAGUAAUCGCUAUUUUACAUUAAUGUGAAAUGAUCAGAGAAGGAGCUGCUGAAUAGUGACAGCUUGACAUGGUUGUCAUGGCUCAUGCUGUUUGUCACAGGAUGGAGUCCAUCCCUCGCAGCUGCCCUCCUGGACGCGGUGACAGGGACUACGAACCUGUUUCUGAAUAUAAACCUCAAACCUAUUCAAAAGAAUUACACACUAUGUUUGCAUGUAAUGAAGACUUUCUUGCCGAUUUCAUACCACUUGUUUCUGCGCCCAUACCAUCUGUAAAGCCAGCAGCACUGUUUAGGUCUCAGACUGAUCCUACCCUGUGUAUCACUCCAGAUAAGUCAUGUCAGGGUGUAACUUCAGGAAAACAGAACUUGCCCUCUGAGGGAACAACUUUCUACCAAGCUCUUCCCAGCCCUGAUCCACGUCUGAGUCUUACACCCCAGUCCAUUACAACAACAUCAAGACUUAGACAUGGUGCAAAACAAUUGGAUACUGGUGUGGUUCCUGCUGUACCUACAGUGUUGGUGCCCGAUCCGCUUCUGACUGUGACACCAGAACAUAAAUUAUCUGGCAGUUCUAAAGCCAAAAGUAGUUUGAGGACUGAAAGAAAUGACCCAGAGGCAAAAUAUAAACUGAAAUACAAAGUAAGAUUUGAUCUAAAUGCUGCUGACAGUAAUGCAAAUGAUAAAAGCUUUGGACAAGAUGUCGUAACAGAUAAUGAAACAAGUUUUGGAAAGACUAUAAGCAAAGUAUACAAGCCUGAUUUAUAUUUUGAAGAGGACAAACCAGAUGAAGAUUUUCAUGAACCAUUAUCACAACAAAGAACUAGCCAGUAUAUGACAUGUCCCUCAUCAGAUACAACUCGUACUCAUAGAGCAGUAAACAUGAAUUCUGAUGUAAAUGCUGGCAAAGAUCCCAAGUUGAAAAAUGAAUCUGAGGGAAUUAGGAAGCCUGAUAAAAGUGCCUUUGAAGGCUGUGAAAGACCAGACUUCAUCAUUUCCAGCUCUAAUAAAGGUCCAUCAAAAAGGAAGGUUGUUGUCACACGGGAACUACAGGAGCAUCCUAUUGUCACAGAGUAUCAAUACCCCUUUGAUGCAGAGGACAGAGAAUCAGAUGUGGAACAUGUGUUUUCACGUCCUGAAUAUAAUAACUCAUUGAAAGUGUAUAAUGAAAUGAGGAAAGUUGAUGGGAUGGUCCCUGAUGUGGCAUCUGCUGUCCAAGAACACCUGAAUGAGGAAAAGUGGACCGAAAUCAGUGAGAAGGCAUCUUCCAAGGUGAACCUGUGUUUCAAAUCCAGUCAGUUUAAUGGUCUUGUUGGCUUACAAGCAUCUGCUGAAGACUUACAACGAAAAACCGAAAGGGAGAUAACUCUGAAGGGAAAAACUGUCAUGCAUCAAAGUCGUAAGCCCUCAAAUCAGCAUGAGCCGGAUUUGCUGGAAUUCCUGUGCCAUGAUCUUCAGAAGGAGGCUCCUGACCUGAAGCUGCUGGGGAUGACAUCCCCAUCAGAACAUUUGUCCACUGCACCACCCCUGCUGGCCUUUGACCUCUACCGACACAACAGAGCAUGGGAGGGCAGCUUAUAGCCAAUUUAAAAGCUUGCCGAAACUUAGUUGCCUCUAAUAUGAUUGGAUUUGCUAACGAUACUAGAAUUAAUAUAUAUUGACUAUGUGCAAGUAAUAUAUUCAUUUGUAACAAGUCAUGAGGAAGUAAUGGUCUUGCAAGUACUGGUCAGGUACAUAAUAUUUUCAUUGCCAGUAAACUUACAAAAAACGUGCAUGAUUUUCCUUCAUUACCUUUCAGUCAAAUUACUUGGCUAUUGUGGAAACUGAAGGUGGAAAUAAACACCUCACAUCGCUUUUCAGUCUCACACCACUUCCUGCUCUCUUUAUGUGUGCAGUGAUGAAAAGCAGGUCUAGCUCUCCAGAGUGUUAAUAGUAGAAUGUCAAACAUUUACAGGGUUAUUGCUAAAUGUGUAUGUUCUCACUGUUUAGGCUGGCAGACCUACUUGGUUGAUUGCUGUUCCCAGUGUGAGUAUUCAGGACUUUACAAGCUGAAUAGACUUGUGUGCCAUGAGAAAAAUGUAAGGUGCCUACAGGAACAUUCAGCUUAGAAAUGUCCUGUAUACAUGUAACAGUUCAUCAUUGGGGCAUGAACUAUUUGUCUCACAAGAAGGCCCAUCUUGACACCUCCAUCAGACUCUGUGUAUGGUGACUGUUAUUGUGGACAGGUUGUCAGGUAUCUGUGUCUGACUAACUUGUGUGGUUAGAGAGAGUUUUCUAUUCAUUUUACAACUCCAUGGCAAAUGUUGCCACAAUUCAAGGAAACAUGGGUCAGUAAUGGCCAAAAUUACUGAAAAAAACCUGUGCAGCAGGGACAUUAAAACUAGAUCAAAAGUCUUGAAGGAAUAUAGAAACAACAAGGCUUGAGGUUUUAGGGAAGCAGGUUUAUGUGGGUGAUUUAUUGUCUGAGCAGUGCAUCUGUGUACAUUCUGGGUCACACAAAUGACUGUGACAUGUUUCUACACAGGGGUUAUUUAUAUUGUACAUACAAACCACAGAACACAAAUCAAGGAAAAGGAUUGUCAGAAGUCCUUAACUUUCAUACACAUGUUGGAGUUGCUAUUUCAUUUAUGACAGUUUCAGCAAUAAAACUGAAUCCAAUUCGCACAAAA